AUGACCGACCUUUCAAACCUCGGGUCGGUACUACAGUCUGCUCGUGAGCUAACUCUUGAGGCUGCCAAUUCAGUUGCAGCUCGUCUGAUGGACGAGGCACCUAUUCAGCAUGCGGACAUUACUCAGUCUCUUAAUAGUCGCAGCGAUAGCAAACGCCUUGCCGGAAUGCGUGAAGUCAUCAAUCUCAUGUGCAAAGGCAAAAAUGCGAUGCCGUUUUUCACAGACGUAAUUAAGAACGUGGCAUCGUCCAACUACGAGAUCCGCAAGCUCGUGUACAUUUACCUUGUACGAUAUGCGGCGUACGAGCAAGACCUUGCACUUUUGUCCAUCAACUCGAUUCAAAAAUCUUUAACAGAUGAUAACCCUGCGAUCCGGGCGAUGGCGCUGCGCAUAAUUUCCGGGAUCCGGGUAGAUGCGAUUGUCCAAAUCAUUUGUCUUGGAAUUAAAAAGUGUACGACCGACCCGGCGGCCAUUGUGCGCCGUGCUGCGGCCACUGCAAUUACAAAGUGCUACGAGCUAGACGCAGCCAAUGGACCAGCACUGCUGGAGAACCUCAAACAAUUGCUGUCGGACCGCAGUCCGAGAGUGGCCGGUGCUGCCAUGCAGACAUUACUACGCUCGUUCCCUGACCGGAUUGAUUUACUGCAUAGUGUAUAUCGCAAGCUGUGUGGACAGCUUCCUGGGAUGGACGAGUGGGGGCAAUCUGCAGCGCUUGAUGUGCUGUUGCGAUAUGCCCGUGUUUACUUGCGUCGUCCGGAAGUGCUUAAGAAGAGUUCUCCUGUGGAUGUCGGUGUAAAGAGUGACUAUACAGCAUUUGAGGAAGGUGAUGAAGGAGAUGACGAGUACCCGGAAAACGCUCAAAUCAAGGUUGAUUUCACAGACUCGCUAAUGGUUGAGUCUGACCACCCGACGCAUAUUUCUUUUGACCCAGACCUAGACCUGCUUUUUAAUGCAGCAUACCCGUUAUUGUUUAGUCGGAACGGUACUGUUGUUGUUUCAGCAGCCAAAAUUUACUUUUAUUUGGGGAUUCAAAAAACCUUUGAUGACUUUAAUGUGGCAAGCCACAUGGUGGAACUUCUGCGAGGGGAUCUCGCUGUGCAGCAGAUUGCACUGACGAAUAUUAAGAUUAUGACUCUUUCGCGAGCAUCUUCAUUUUUACCUUACUUGAAGCGGUUUUUCUUGCUACCACGAGAGUUAUUUAUGAUUUCAAAGCUGAAGCUUGAGAUUUUGGCGCUGCUGUGCAACCCUGAGAAUGUUAAUGUGAUUGUUCCAGAGCUUAAGUACUACGCGCUGACGGUGACAGACCAGGCUACGAUUUCAGAGGCAGUGCAGGCGAUUGGGCGAUGUGUGACUGGAGCUACGGACAGCUCGUCACGGAUUCUGACAUGGUUGUUACGGCAGGUUGCGUCGAAGAAUGCGGCGCUGGUGAGCGAGUCACUGAAUGUGAUUCGAUAUUUGGUACUGCGCGAUCCAACCCACCAUAUUGAAACUGUGGGACGACUUGCGCGGCUGCUGGACCAGGUGACUGUGCCUGAGGCACGCAGUUGCUUGAUUUGGCUUGUGGGUGAGUUUGCUGGAGUGGCACCUGGGAUUGCACCGGAUGUGCUACGUAAAAGCUUACAGAAUUUUGUACAGGAGACCACUAGUGUGAGGUACCAGGUGGUUGUUCUUGCGGCCAAGGUUUAUUCUUAUUCUUUGGAUCGAGAGAAGAAGGAGGGAAGAGAAGAGCCAGAGCCUGAGAGUAAGAGGAUUACCGAACUUUUUGGGUAUGUGAUGCAACUUGCACGGUAUGAUAGUGAUUAUGAUACUAGGGAUCGAGCUCGGAUGUUUAAUUCUCUUUUGAGCGGGGAGAAUACAGAGCUUGCGACACUUUUAUUGCAGGCGCCUAAGGGAUCGCCAGUGACUUCUCUUAGGGAUAUUUUGGCAGGAACUGGUAAGAAAGAGGGUAUUACUUUGGGGGUGAAGAGAGGUGGAAAAGGUAAGACAAAGGCAGCUGACGGAGAAGAGGAAGAGGAGGAUGGUGAGGAGGAAGAAGAAGAUAAUGAAGAUGAAGAAGAAGAUGAAGGUUUGCCCACUGCGAACGGCACGACGCCUAUUGCACGAUUGACAUUGGGAUCUGCGGCGUUGGUAGUGGGUCACCCUGUUGAUGGAUUCCAGCAACUACCUGAGUGGACACCAGAAGACCAGCCAUUGCUUGUCGAUCCAUCUGUUCGAGAUGAACCCAAAGUUGAAGAAAGAGGGGGUAGUGGAGGUUUUGGUGGAAGUGGUAGCAAUUUACGGUAUGGUCGUGGAGAAGUGACUAGCAUGCAGAACAUUGCAGGGGUUGGUACUAGACACCGAGCGUUACCGAUGAAGGCAUCUUCUUCAUCUUCGUCAUUUUCUAGCAAUGCGACAUUGCCAGUGCAUGCGAAUGGAGGUCGCAAGUUUAAGGAGCAGACAUUGGAUGAAUUUUUCGCGGAUGCUACUGAUGAAGAGGAAGAAGAAGAAGAUGAGUCUUCUGAAGAAGAGGAAGAGUCAUCGUCAGAAGAAGAAGAAGAGUCUUCUGAGGAGGAAGAGUCUUCUGAGGAAGAAGAGGAGUCUUCUGAAGAAGAAGAAGAAGAAGAAGAAGAGUCAGAGGAUGAUGAUGAUGAUGAUAAUAAUAGUGGGAAUAGUGGUGAGAAGAGGGGGUUACUUGGACCCAAGACAUAA